AUGAGUUCAAUUGUAUUAGGUUCCACUGGGUUAGUAGGUGGUCAAAUUGUUAAAGUUGCUAAACAAUCAACAACACUUGAGAAAUUAAUCACAAUCACCAGACGUCCUUUGCCUUCCGAAGAAACUGAAGAUUCUUCAUCCGCCACAUCCAAGGUUAUUUCAAUAGUUGAAUCCGAUAGUUCCAAAUGGCCCAAUUUAAUUACGGAACAAACCAAAACUGGUCCAAUUGAUGUAUUCAUCACUGCAUUGGGUACAACUCGGGCCAAAGCUGGUUCUGCAGAGAAAUUUAAGGAAAUUGAUUAUGGAAUUAAUUAUGACAAUGCAAAGUCAGCUAAAGAAAAUGGAGUCAAGACUUUAAUUUUAGUUAGUUCUGGGGGAGCCAAUCCUGAUUCGAGAUUCUUAUAUUUCCAAACAAAAGGGCAAUUAGAGAAGGAUAUUGAAGCUCUCGAAUUUGAUAGAACUGUCAUUUUAAGACCAGGGGUAUUAUUGGGGGAAAGAGAAAACUAUCAUGGAUUUGGAACUAGUGCUGCUACCUUCGUGGGAAGAUUGAUCAAGGGAACAUUCAUGGCAUCAUUGAUGAGACCUAUUGAAGGACAUGAAGUGGCUACUGUUGCAAUUGAUUUUGCAGAGAAAGCAAUUAAAGGUGAAUUGAAGGAUAAGGUUACAAUUAUUGAACCAGCUGAUUUGGUUAAACUUGCCAAUACCUUACUGGGAAAGUAA